GGCGAUGAAGGUGGAAUCAGAAAGUGAUCGUUCCGAAGAUGUUCAAUUUCUUCGUGUGAAAGUAAUCUGAAAUAAAAAUUGACUAUUAGACGAUGGAUCCGAGCGAAGUGGAGUUUUUUGGUGAAAAGGAAUCGGUCACCAUUGUACCAAAUUUCAGCUUCGAUACGAUUCAUUUGAUAUCGGGAUCGAUAGGCCCUUUUCGUGCCGGUCUACCUGUCAAAGUUCCGAUUUGGUUGGCAGUGAAUCUGAAACAGCAACAGAAAUGCCGAAUUAUUAAUCAAGAAUGGAUGAACACCGAUGAUUUGAACGAAGCGAAAGAGGAAGAAAAAUUGUCAAAAUUGUUCACAAAGAUGCCGAGCAAUCAUUUUAUGGACGAAGCACAACUUUUACUGACAGUUGCGAGUGAUGAUAUACCCGAUGCAGAUAGAAUAAGAACAGCAGUGAAGGAUAUAUGGGACAUAAGGAUGUCUAAGCUUCGUACAUCGAUAAAUGCGUUUUUAAAAAGUGAAGGUUUGCAUGCAAAAUUGGACCAUUUAACUGCCAUGGAAAUAAACAGUGUACGGCCAUUACUGCCACAUGCCUUGGAUCAAAUGUAUAGGCUUCAAACUGCAGGAAGGAUGGUACAGUCUCAAAGUCUGGAGGGCACUCAAAACUGAUAUAUUCCAACAUUGUUUUUAGAUAAAUUGUUAUCUUUUUUUUACAGUGUAAAUAUAUAUGUAUAUAAAUUAUAGAAC